AUGGAGAUAGGGCAGUACGCCACGAGCAGCUUCUCCAAGGAGCAUCAGAAGAUCUAUAGGAACGCCGUGUGGGGCGACCAGUGCACGGACGCCAAGUUCCUGGUGGACGAGCUCAAGAUGGUUGUCCGCCUCCGCGGGCCGCUGCGGCGGGACGCCGUGUGGGAGGCGGUGGACGCCGACGUGGCGGAGCCCGUGGCCGAUGAGAUGCUCGCCAGCGCCAGGAGGUGGAGCGCGGCGGCGUGGGACGCAAUGGCGCCCGACGGGUCCUCGAACUGCUCACGCGCCUCAGCGCCUGUCUAGGCGUUCGUGGACAAGGUGUCCCCGCGAGCUAAGGUCGUGCCGCCAUCGUCAGAGGAGCUUCAGCAGUCACCCAUUAGAGUCGAAAACUGA